AUGACUUCGUUGAAGUUCGUCAAGCUCGAGGAGCGCGGAUGGAUCAACAGCUCGACCUACCAGGAAGGCUAUUGGGCUACUGAUGAAUUAAUUGCGAACAAUGGGACUUGGACUGUGCGAAUCCCACCGAAGCUUUCGCCCGGCGAGUAUAUACUUCGUCACGAAAUCAUCGCACUACAUGUUGCAUUCACAAGUACGGGUCCAUACUCUCUUGAUGGAGCAGAGUUCUACCCUCAGUGUGUCAGCUUGAAAGUCGAAGGCGAUGGGAGGAAGCCUGUCACCGGCGGUGUCGAUGCGAAGACAUUAUAUAAGGGAAACGAAGCCGGGUUGACACUCAACAUCCACACAACACCUGACCAUUCGGGCGAGAUACGCGAAAACACUACACAAGCUCUCGUGUCCGACAUCGAGGCCCUGCGCAAACAUGUUGGCGUCGAGAAAUGGCACAUGGUUUUCGGAGGCUCAUGGGGCUCCGCAUUGAGUCUUGCAUAUGCUCAGACGUAUCCUGAGAGCUGCGGCUCACUGGUCAUUCGCGGGGUCUUUUUGGGAACAAAGGAAGAGAACGAUCGUCAUGCGCUUUCCACUUCAAUGAUCUUCCCGGAGAUAUACGAUCGCUUUCAGGACUUCAUCGCGCCUGAGAAAAGAGGAAACAUCGCAGCAGCUUAUCACGAGCUGCUUACAUCGAACGAUCCCGCUGUCGUGCGAAAAGCAGCGUAUGAAUGGGACAGACCAGAAACUACUUUUGCGACUGUCCAGGAAGAGCGCGAUGACGAUGAGGUUGAGGACAUUCUGCAAGAACAGGUAGAGCAGAUGAGCUCUGCCAUCAUUUGUACCCAUUAUAUGAUGCAUGAGUGCUUCCUGGGACCUACUGAGCUGCUAGACGGGUGUCAGAAGAUCCAGCAUAUUCCGACACGCAUCGCACAGGGACGUCUAGACUUCAUAUGUCCUCCAAGAGCGGCGUAUGAGAUUCACAAGCGCUUGCCAAACAGCGAGUUGCGUUGGUUGGAGAAAGCCGGUCACUCAGCAAUGGUAAGUCACUUUUCUACUAUGUCGUCGUGA